CAUUAUAAUGACGCAUCAGGGAGCCGCGUUAUUAAUUACCUCUAUAAGAUACACCUGUGCUGCUCCUCUGCUCCUGCUGCAAGGAUCAUAUCAAUGCAUCACUCUGAAGCAACAAAUAAAACAAUCUGGUGGAGUAUAGAGCCUGAGAAGACUUGGUUCUACUUAACAGCAUACCAAGAAAGCUUUUCUUCAGGUCAACUCGUGCUUCAGAUCAGCCACCUCUUAAAAACGCCAUCAAGCACUUAAGGCCUUUUUUCAACAACCCCACCUGCAAGCUCUUAUUCUGCAACUAAGCCCACCUAAAGCCUUCAAAAUGAUGCAAAUCAGCAGCGACUCAGUCAGCAACAAGCACUCUCUCAUCAAUGUCAUGCACCGCUUCAUAGCAGCUGCCAACAACAUGGAUGAGACCAUCAUGGUGCCGAGCCUGCUGCGAGACGUGCCUCUGGAGGACCAGGCCAACACCAUGGAGUUGGAGACAAACAACAACCAUGAACUACCCUGUUCCAACAAGCAGAGGGACAUGUAUGAGCACUACCUGCUCCUCAAGUCCAUCAAGAACGACAUGGAGUGGGGCAUGCUGAAGAGGGAGAUGAGCUCUGGCGCCAGCUUCCUGGAGAUGGCGGUUAAGCAGGAGGAACAGAAGCCGGUCACAGGGGACCUGCCCGUCGAUGACAACUCAGACCUGGAGCAUCAAUUUCACUAUCACCUCAGGGGACUGUUUGGAGUUCUGUCUAAGCUCACGCUGCAAGCCGACCACCUCACCAACAGAUACAAGAGAGAAAUCGGAGGAGGAAACUUCAUGAGAUAGAAGUCACUACCUGCUUUCCUUCCUUUUUACCUUGUUCCUAACCUUUCCUUGCUUGACUUGCACAUGGGAUGUGUAGAGAAGGGCCCAACAUUUCUAGUGGAGCUCAAUGGUCGGUAAACUGGUCAGGUUAACCACUUUGUGACUUCUCCCACUCCUGAGUAGCGACACUCCAACAUCCCACCUGUCCCCAGCUCACCUGAAGCCAGUGACUCCUGCACAGGUCCCUCUGCCUGUCUCAGAGCAGAGGUUGACACUUUGUGCCAGGUAGAGGUUUAUUAAAUCUGUGCCCAAGUCCGGAUGAAGCACAGCUUUGAUUUUAUACAGAAACAUGUCCUCCAUCUCAUUUUGGUCAUUUAAUUUUCAAGUAAGUUGUCAGUUUGUUCCAGAUUGUGACUAAAAGGUUUCUGACUGUAGGAGAAAUUGAAUGCUGGUUAUUCUGUCCCUCCUGUACAUUUCUUUUAAAGCUGAGCUGAAGGGCUCUUAACCUGCACAGGUUUUAAAUCUUUCCACUGUAACAUGGCGUGCCUUGACUUUUUAUAUACCCUCAUGCCCUGUUCAGUUUCCCUUACCAAUGUCUGACUGCUUCACUGGUUCAAGGUGGUCAUGAUGAAAUUAUGCAUUUGUUGUCCUUGGAUAUUUCAAAACCAAUUUUAUAUGAAAGUAAAUAAAAAUAAUUUGAAUCUUCA